AUGGACGCCUUCUCAGGGUACAACCAAAUUCACAUGGAUGAAGCUGACCAAGAAAAAACGUCGUUCAUUACCGACAGAGGUCUAUACUGCUACAAAAUGAUGCCGUUCGGUCUAAAGAACGUCGGGGCUACGUACCAGAGGCUCGUCAACAAAAUGUUUCGAAAUCAGAUCGGACGAAACGUGGAAGUCUAUGUUGACGACAUGCUUGUCAAGAGCACACGAGCCGCCGGCCAUAUAGCCGACCUGGGGGAAAGUUUUGAGACACUAAGGAGUCACAAGAUGAAGCUCAACCCGGCCAAAUGUGCUUUCGGUGUUUCCUCCGGAAAAUUCUUGGGAUUCAUGGUUUCGCAAAGAGGAAUCGAGGCGAAUCCCGAGAAGGUAAGUGCUGUCCUCGGUAUGCAAUCUCCCCGGACCACCAAACAACUGCAACAGCUGACUGGGAGAAUAGCAGCCCUUAACCAGUUCAUCUCCUGGUCCACCGACAAAUGUCUCCCAUUCUUCAAGAUUUUGAGAAAAGCCUUCGUGUGGAGUAGUGAGUGCGAGGAAGCCUUCAAGAAGUUAAAAGAGUAUCUGACUAACCCACUGCUAUUGAGCAGCCCCGAGGAAGGAGAAAUCUUGUAUCUCUACCUCGUAGUAUCAUCAUCGGUAGUCAGUUCAGCUUUGGUCCGAGAAGACUCAGGCAUUCAAAAACCGGUUUAUUUCACCAGCAAAGCACUCCAUGGAGCCAAGGAGAGGUUGGUAAAUUGGUCGGUAGAGCUGGGACAGUUUGACAUAGAAUUCCCCCCUCGUACUUCUAUCAAGGGUCAAGCGUUAGCCGAUUUCCUACUAGAGUUCAGCAAUACGCCCGAAAGCGAAGAACUGCCCGAGAAGGAAACAUGGGUAGUGUAUGUAGACGGUUCCUCGGCCAACCAGAAGAGUGGAGUCGGUGUCACGUUUGCAAGCCCGGAUGGAGAAACUUUUCAAUAUGCGAUCAAACUGGAUUUUGUGACCACCAAUAAUGAAGCCGAGUAUGAAGCACUUUUGGCCGGGCUUUCAAUAGCUCGGGAAAUGGGAGCAAGGAACUUGGAAAUCAGAAGCGACUCUCAGGUGGUAGUCAGCCAUGUGCAGGGAUUUGCCGAGGCACAAGGCGAAAAGAUGAUUCAAUAUCUUGAUAAGGUGCGUAAAUGUCAAUCUAACUUUGACAGAACUGUCGUAACAAAAGUUCCUCGGGAAGAGAAUGCCCGAGCUGAUGCUCUUUCCAAAAUGGGUUCCGGUACUGGGCCCGUCGUCAAAACAUCCACACGGGGGAUGGUGAUACAGACCGAGCCUUCAAUCCUUCCAAAACUCGACAUGAUGGAGAUUGAAGAAAGAUCAGACAAACCUGAGUGGGCCACUGACAUCAUUCAGUACCUUCGCAACGGUUCCCUACCCGAAGAGAAGCUGGGAGCUCGUAAGGUAAAAAUGCAUUCAGCCCGGUACGUGCUUAUCGGAGGAUCACUUUAUCGAAGAGGAUAUAUCGAGCCACUUCUCAAGUGUCUUACAAAUUCCGAGGCGGAAUACGUACUAAAAGAAAUACACGAAGGGGUCUGCGGGAACCAUUCUGGCUCUCGGAUGUUGGCACACAAAGCAAUGAGAGCCGGGUACUACUGGCCAACAAUGAAUAAGGAUUCGGUCAAACUCGUCCGAAAAUGCGAUAAAUGUUAG